AUGUGCAUACACCGAUCGUGGUUUUCGGACGACAUAACAAGUGUUAUGAAUGGAAAAGUAGGCUAGUUUCAACAAUUACAGAAUCCGAAGAUGCCAAUUUAGGUCCAACAUUUCCCGUUCGGUUGGCCGUACUGUAUUUUUAAACUGUGCAUACACCGAUCGUGGUUUUCGGGCGACAUAACGAGUUUUAUGAACGAAAAAGUAGGCUAGUUUUAAUUCGAAAAUACCAAUUUAAUUCCGAAAUUUCAAUUCCGACGCGCAGUGUACGUAGAUUUUUGUGUAUGCACGACGGUUACAGUACAAACUUUGAAAAAAAAAAAAAACUUGGAGUCGGUAAAAAAAAACGUCUUACGUGAGAUUUCCUCCAUUUUCACAUGAACCGUCUAACUGGACGGGCCGUCAUCCAAUAGAUCAGGUAUUUAACAAUUUUCAGAAAUUCAGUUGAAAUUUUCGAGUUUUCUCUACCUUUUUUUUAAAUGUAUUUUGUACUUGGACAAAGUCGAAAUGGUGGAUAAUGGCUUGAAAAAGGUCGCAGAAACGCAGAAAAAAGGCCGCAAACAGGUAGCAAACAGGCAGCAAAAAGGCAUCAAAACGGGUCUCUUUAUCGAGUCUUUCAUUUUUUCUGGGAUUCUCAAGAAAUGGUAGAAAGGGAGAGGCAGCAAAAAUGGUGCAUAAAAGCCGAGAAAAUGGCGCAAAAAGACAGCGAAAAAGGAACAUUUCUAUGAAGCCUUUUUCCACCUUUUCUGACUUUGUUUAUGUUUGUAUGAGAAUGAACUAUGAAAAACGGAAUAUUCAAAAAUUGUAGAAUUGUAAUAAAAUUUAACGGAAUCAGAAAAUAUUUUGAAAAAAAAACCUGCAUAAUAUGGAAUUUCACGGAACGACAUUCCGCUGUGCCGCUGCGCGCCUUUGCGAACCUUGGUUGCGAUUUUAGUUUUUUUUUUUCUUAUAUUAAGGUACUCUACUUUCAUGUUCUCCCCUAGUAAUAACAAUCAAUUGAAAGCGUGACCUAGAUUCGAAAGACGCUUCGCGAACGCACGCAGCGGAACAGCGGAAUGUCGUUCCGUGAAAUUUCAAGUCGUGGCACACAGACUAUAAUAAACUCCAAUUGAGUGACUUUGUCUUCAAUUUUCAUGUUUUCAGAAUGUUAAACGUAUUGAUGGCGUUGGUGGUUCCUAUCGGAUUUCUGAUCCCACUAUGUUCCAAGAAGAAAACAUCCAGAAAAACUACAAACGACUCAGAACGUACCGAUUCAAUAGAGGAAGCGAAGCUGUCGAAUUCGGACCGGGAGAAGGGUCCGUUGGAAGUGAGCUGUCCGGAAAAGUCGGCCGACGAAUAUACGGGAAAAGUUCCGUCGCGAAAGUACAAUAAUCAAUCCCGCGAUCCUCGCCAAAUUCUCAGUAAAAAGAAGGUUUGUUUUCAUUUUUUCGGGUUCAUGUUAUUUCGUUAACAGAUAAAAACCAUACAUGGGAUAGUCUCGGUGGGAAACGAAAGGGGACUUGGCCGAAAAAACGAAAAAAACGGGGGGGGGUUGGAAAAAAACCGUAAAAAAAUUUUUUUGCAGAAGGGGGUUUUUUUUUAGUUGAAAGUGAUCGGAAAAAAACGCUUGCCAUUUUCGGAUUCAGCACCAUCGAAUUAGUCUAGUUUGACUCUUCAAUGUCAAAUAGUCCGAGGGGGUUCAGCAUUAAGGGGGAGGGCGGGGGACAUGGCUGACCAGUCAUGCUCAUCCUAUGUAUGACAAAAACUGUUUUUGGACUUUUUCGAAGGAUUAAACUUUUCAGAAUAGCUUUGGUGACCUUAUAGCGAGUUUUCUAGGGACUAUAGUCCUCAAAUUAGUCAUCAUUUCGCAUUUGCCUUCCUCAGAAACUGCAGAGUGGCCCUUGGUGGGUCCCCUUUAGGGACUACUUUACCAGCCCCUAUAGGAGCCCCUAUGAUUGAAAAAGCGGUCUCUAUAGACGACAUGCUAGUCGAUUAUCUUUAUGAGCACUGUGAGAAGAAGCAUUUUCAUUCUAAAAAAAGUCUUUUAAUCGAAAUUGAAAGACCUCUAUAGGGACCAUUUGAGCUUUAGGGGCUAAUGGGUCAGACCCUAAACCCCUUGAGGGGCCUUCUUUGUUUUACGCCUAUAGGGAACACUUUUUCGGCCCCUACAGGGGCUUCUUUCCCUCUUCCCCCUACGAGGACCAUAAUAAACUAUGUGAAUAUCGAUCUUGUGAAUCUGAAGUUUCAGAAGAAAAAUAGGAAACGAAGAAAACGGAAAGCCCGUUUCCGACCUUGUCCGCUGCAUGACGUCGACCAAGACAUCACGUGGACGCCGUCGCCGCCCUUCACCGGCAGGGCGUCGAGUCCCCCGAAGUGCCUCGGACGACGUCGAUGUCGGAAAGCCCACGGCAAGUCGAAGAAGGGCUUCAAAGACAAGACAUCGUCCAAUGAAAAGCCCAACUCUAAGGAGAAAAUUUCCAAGAAUGAAAAGAGAGGUUGGUUUAUCUCAAGAGUCGAGUUCAAAGGGAGUUUCGAGAAAAAAAAAAGAAAUUUGACUGAAAAUCCCGAGAGAGACUGCCUCUAGGGAACUCAUUCUCAUUAAGAAGUUGUCCAGAGGCCAGUUGUCAACUUUUGAGUGUUGCACAAGCCGAGGCGGUGCGCGAUGUUGCGCGCGAUGUUGCGAGCGAUGUUGCGAGCGGUGUCGCGUGCGAUGUUGCGAGCGAUGUUGCGAGCGGUGUCGCGUGAGAUGUCGCGAGCGAUGUUGCGAGCGGUGUCGCAUGCGAUGGAGCGAUGUCGCGCGCGAUGUUGCGAGCGAUUUUGCGCCGUCUUUCAAACCUGUCAGAACGCUGUCCGUUCGCUUUAAAAACCCAAAAAAAAAAAUGCAAUUCUGCGAAAAGGAAAUUUUUCAAGUAGUUAAUAGAGCAAAAAUGUGCUAAUACUCGAAAAUAACGCAAAUUUAUGCCUUAAAAGUUGUUUUUGGCUAAAAAUUGUCUUUCACAAGAAGAUAUUUAGCAUCGUUACACUUUCGAAAUUGAAGAUGAGAGUCAAAUUUCUCGAUUCAGGAGAAAAUUGUGCACAAGGAGAAUCUUUGAAAUAAAGAAAAAUAAAAAAAUGUUCAUACCACCAAAAAGUUUAAUAUUUCUUUUCUUGUUCAGGUUUGUAUAGUCUGUUCAGAUUUUGAAUGUCAAGUGCAAUGACGUCAUUCAAAAACACUCUGUGGAUGGCUCGCUCUCUGAUUGGUUUAUCGCACCAUUAUGGGCGGAGCUUGAGCGACGACUUGACAUUCAAAAUCUGAACAGACUAUAAGAACUUUUUUGAAAAUUUUCGAAGACCCCCAGAUUUUUUUUGAAUCUUUGAGCCAAACUUCUUUAUAUCCACGGUUUGAUGAAAGAAAUGUUCAGCAAGAAAGAAACCUGGUUGUUCGACCACUACGACGAAUAAAUCCGACGAGAAUCCGUACGCCAACUUGGAGCUACACGGCAGUGGUUUCUAUCGAUUUUCAUCUUGUUUUUCUCAAUUUUUACUUCCUCAGAGGUCAACAUCCCGCACAGAACGCUAUCAUUGGAAAAGCCUACUCUGAAAGUCAACGACGCCUACGAUUAUUUGUGA